CUUCUCUGCCUCUCGAAAACCCUCCUGAUUCCCUUUCACCGGAAGAAUGAAAAGAACGCGGUGCCACGUCCUGUUUCCUUCCAGCGCGACACCCGGACCCAGUCGCCGUUUGAGCUGUCCUAGGUCAUUCGCACUGCUCCGGCGCGCGUUUGUCCUGUUCCCGUUCUCAGCAGUUUGUUGCCGAACUUUUUAGGUUUUCCCGCGAAAGCUUCGUCCUAACACUGCGAUUUGUUCGGCGAAGUCUGCUUUCCGGCCGCCCAAAUGCGUGGAAACCGAUGCCUGGACAUGGUGUAGGACACUGGGACAGGAAGGUGUUCGCGCGCGCGUUUUGCGUCGUAGCGCUCAACUCUUCGGCAAGACAAGCCGCAGAGAGCCUCUUUUCGCUCCGUGACCCGACCGCGUAGAGUUGUGUUAGGCUGUUGUCUUUCGCCCGUGUCGGCGGCAUCUCAAUGACAUUUGCGAAUCCGUCCGAAAACGCGUCCGAUUUCUGUCCGUACAGAAAACGCUGUCUUCUUCAGUGAAGCCCCGCCCGUCUGAAACCCUUGUUCGUGGGGAGGGUGCUUGUCUUGUCCGCUCCACGGAGACCAGUCCAUUUUCCUUGAAUCCUGCUGUUGCUAUGGCGCUGUCACCUUGGUGAAGUUUUAUCGCUUUCAGUUGCGAAAGGGAAUGCAUUUUCCCCGUGAAAACUGCGGGUAAAGUCUAGCGACUCCACCCGCUCGUCUUCGCGGGCACCUGGGCGGGUCCGGCAACGAGCGAGCGCUAGCUGCGCGUCCGGGAAGACAAGUGUCUUUGCGAAAUUCCUGCGUUUUCCUCGUCUCACAUCCAUCCUGCCUUUUUGUCCACCUCUCACCCUUCCGAUUUUCUUAGUGCCCAAAAACAAGGCAGUGGCUUCCACAGGCAGUCCUCACGCCACCCACCAUGGCCGCACCCGCACCGAGCGCGGAGGCCCGGCCCGCCAAGAGGCGGUGCUUCCCGUUGCCUCGGGAGACUCCAGUUUCCUCCGAAGACGAGACACGGAAAACUUUGCAGCACGAUACUCUAGGUUGUCUCCCCCGCAGCAGCUCUGGACAACCGGAGCUGGCAGCCGCGAGUGCCGCCUCUCAAGUGGGACAUCUGUCUUCAGCGGCUUUACUUCAGCUGGUCCAGACACAAAGCGCUGGAGGAGUUCCUCAAGCCGUUCUCCGCAACCUAUUUUCUUCGAUUCACCGGAAUCCGAAGCCCCUUCCCGCCAACGCGUUGGCUGCCACGCCGAAUUCGUCGCUCUACGCCUCCCUUACCUCGUUGUCUUCCGCUGCGGCGCUUCCAGGAGCCGGGCCGGCGUAUUCUCAAGCGCCGUCCCCUGCGUCAGCAGAUUUGCUGCAAAGCGAACAAUUCAGAAGCGCUGCGAAAAACCCCUCUCCAAAUGAGGCCUCUCCCAUUCUUGCACUGCUGGGAGAGGCAGCGCGUGCCGCCACGACUCCGAGAACGGUCCCUGCACUUAGCGCGGUCUGCCCAGCCGCCUCAUCAGGUGUUUCUCUGCCUCCUGCUUCAGAUACUCUCGCUCUCGCCCAAAGUUCUCUCAGUUCCUCGACUGGAUGCGCUUCCGACGUCAAGGCUUCUCGGCCAGAGGAACACCCCGCCUUCGCCUCUGGAACAGCCAAUCGCCAGUCGUUGCUUCAGGCCCUGCUUCUGUCGACGGCCCCGCUCGCGUUUUCUGGGCCUUCCCUGUCGUCGGCUUCGACCACACUUCCGGCUUCCUCUGGAGCAGUGUCUUCGAGGAACGCGGGCGCCUACCAGUUCGAGAGACUGCUGCAGGCGGAAGCGGCGAAAGUCAAGGCUCUCCUGCCUAACACAACUUCCAAAAGCAUGUCGCAGUCAUCGGUGCCACAGAGAGACCUCACCCGAAAGACAAGUCUCUUCCCGGACCCACGGGGCCUCUCCGCCGAUGAUGCAAGUCGCCGAUACAACACACGAGGAGCCAACAGCGGGGGCGCUGGCCUGCGACGCGGGACCGGCGUGCAUGCGACGACUGAACAAAGCGGCGCAUUGGAUGCAGGAGAACGGACACGGCCCUUUGGAGCUGGAGAAGAUGAAAGUGCGCAGGGCAAACCUGAUUCUCGAGGACGACAGAGACCAGGUGCACUGGAUGCCUCAAACAUUCUUGGUCUCUUGGCUGCCUUCCAGCCCUCCCAGGCUCCAGCGAUUCGAGACCUAUCUGCUCCAUCCCACCUCUCCGCUGCUGCGACAGGGGCGCUUCCUUUGACCGCGUCUUUCACAGCAUCCGCUCUCGCCUCGUCCCAGUGUCUGCCUGCUGGUACCCCCGCUUCGUCUUCAGCGAGUCCUCCAUUCUCGGAAGUUCUGUCAACCACUGAGGAAAGUUCGACUACAAAGGAGACUGACGCAUCUGCGAGCACUUUGUUGGCUUUUCUCCAGAAAUAUAGUGCGGUCUCGGGGUUGGGAGGAGCUUCUGACUUCCUUGGUCAGCUUCAAGGGAAGACCUCUCUCCCGCCUCUGUCUCUGGCGGAGCCCUCGUCUGCUCUACCUUCUUCGUUCCUCGGAGGGUCGGACGGAGGCACUAUCGACACAAGGAAUGGGAAUGGCGAGAAAACGACGCCGCCUAUCCAUCUUUUCCAGUCGGCGUUUCGAAUGCCUUCGCCGUCUCAGCAGAACCUGUUGGACGCGUUGCUGGCAUCAUCCUGCACGACCGCCACAUCCCGCUCGGACGGUUCCGGAAACCUCGGCUGUCCGGUGGUCGAUGAGCGAAACGCGAAGCUCGCGGGUCCUGCACAUCCUCUCCCUUGCUCCUUUCCUCAGAUCUCGAGCUCCAGCGGAGAGCCCGGACGCAAGACCGGAGGUCGCGUUCACCGCCAGGGAACGUCCCAGAGCGGCGGUCGCGUGAGGAGUGGAAAGAAUGGUGGCUCUGCAGCGCCGCCGCGACAGAGUUCGAGUGACAAUGUGCCUUCCACGCCCACUGUCUCAUCGCAUGAGGCUCCGCACCGAGCAGGCUUCCCUUCUCAAACGCCGUAUGAGCUAUCUGCCUCGCCCUCGCACCAGCUCGACCUCCUGCGUCUCGGCGCCUUCCUGGGCGGCGCCGGCAAGCAGGACGCUUCAGUCCACUCUGAUGAGACCGGCACGCUUUCCGGGGAGCCUUCUCAUCGCAGCUGCUCCCUGUCGCGCGGCCUAACUCAGGAAAGCGUUCUCCAGCUCUCCGACACCACCAGCACAAGUCGUGAAGGCGAGCCUAACGAGCCAAGCCAAGGGUGCGUCAACGUUGCUGCCUCGCUGCCUGCUUUCGGUCCUCAGCCCUCGUCUGGCGCGGCCAAGGCCCGAGAAGGCCGCCGGGGCGCGGGCGGCGCCGGUGCCGCGCCUCCGGUACCCUUGAGAGCAGACGUGACGCUGGGCGGAAAUCGCCCGCACUACCAUGUGGCAAAGCAAGAGUGGAGAGUGCGCUAUUACAUGAACGGGAAGAGAAAGAUGAGGACUUACAGCGCGAAGUUCUACGGGUACGAAACGGCACACACGAUGGCUGAGGACUUUGCUCACUAUGUGGACAAACAUGAGGCCCUGCCGGACUCGAUGAUGAUGACUGCGAUGAUGCUGCAGGCGCAAGCAAACUCAGCGGCUUCCUCAGGGCAAACUGUGCCUCUCGCACGUGGUAUAAGAGCCUCAAGCGCUUCAACCGGAGCCGGAGGUCACGUCUCUAAGUCUGCAACGAAAGGGAGUGUAGCCGCUAGCUCCGAGGGUUCCACAUCUAUGGGGUCCGACGCGACUAGAAGCCAAGAGGGCGAAGCCGCCGAACUGUGCCCUCUCGCUGCAGGCCUUUCGCGCCCCCUCGCCUCGAUGCACAGCGCAGCAGGCAAUGCUGUGGCGCAAGGAAGACAAGAGUCGAAGGAGGAAGCGCCCGGUGGCCAAGCCUGGUUCGGAGAACCCGGCAAAUUCCGGGCGUCUUCCGAGGCGGCUCUGUGCGGCUCUGGCUCUUCAGCUGAAGGCCGAGACGGUCACGAGAGUGAGGUCCUUUGGGCGACCUUAGGGAAAGUUCAUGACGCGAGUCAGGGAAAGAAGAUUAAACCUGAGAAGCCUCUGACAGUGGCUCGGGGGCGCCUUGCCCUCGGAGCAGAAGACAAGUCCCAGAAUCUUGGAGUUGACCUAGUUGAUAGCGGAGAGGCGCAGGGGCUGCCUGGCGUCCGCCAACCCCGUCAGAUGAAGAACUCAGAAGAGUGCAGCUUGAGGGACAGUGACAAAGGCAUGGCGCUGAGUAAACGCUUUGGGUUCCUUCCGUCGCAGACCCCCUCGUGCGACUCAAUGACCCUCCCGUUUCCUGGAGGCUUUGACGCACUCUCGCUCUCGUCAGCCUUGUCGUCCUGUGCGUCUUUGCCGGUCGCCCACGAAGGAAACAACUUCCAGAAAGGGCACACGGGAGAUAUUGUAGCUCUCGCGUCGCAGUCAGGCACCCAGCGACCUGCUUCUGUCGUCCUGUCUCGGGAUGCGAACGUAUCGGGCUCGUCACCUUCGCAUCCUACGUGGCAGAGAGAAGGGGCUGCUGUCUCGGGCCGAGCAGAUGAAUUUUCGUCUUUGAGUGUGACCCCGUCGACGGUGCCACUAUCUUCCUUUACCAUGGAGGACAUCAAGGGCGAGAAAGGAGACCCUUCGCGUCGUUUUGCCCUGGUCGGCGAAAGCAUGAAGAAUGUGAGUGCACCCGAAGUCCAGGCGCUGUUCCCAACAUCCAGCAUUGCGAACGCUGAGCUUCUCCCUGUUGACUUUCUGCACUCCAACAGCUGCAGUGCAGACAAGCUGGAGUCGUCAAUCCCUCGAGGCUUAGCCGGAAACAAUCCGAGCAUGACGGCGACAGCCGUUGCGGCGACCGCUGUUAGCCACCAGAUCUUUGACACGAUCACUUUGUUUGGUGAGUUCCUUCGCGAGUUUGCCAAGGAAAAAGUCAACGAGUUUCACGAGUACGGCCUUGAAGCCUCCCCUCUGACAGUCGAAGCCAGCUCGGAAGUUUCCCUGUUCGGAAAGGCGACUUUUGGGAGAUGUCCCGUUGCCGGCGGCUCUACCCCCGCUGGAAUUAGCAAGAUGAGCGGCGAGACCCUUUCGGGCCUUUCUGCCUCGGAACUGUCUCUCGUGAGCGCCCGGACCAACACGACGACUGGGGAGGAGCAGUUCGCUCUUGCCCGCGGUUUGUUCCCUGGCGACUCUGAGGGCGACAGGGAUGAGAAGAAGCCCCAGCUGAGCCAGCAGGAACUCCUCGUUCUUUCGCAUGCACUUGUGAAUCUCACUUCCUCGACCUACGUCUUGAUGCACACGCUCAAGGCGUCUUUGUCCAAGUCGACGGAAGCCGUCCAGCUGCACCAGCCCCUGUUGGAGGCAGCUUCGGAGGCGAAGGCCACCGACGAGGCAAAGACCCGAGAGGAGCAGGAAAGCUCCGAGUGCGAUCACGAGUACCCCCCGCGUAGCUCGCUCGAAGCCACAACGGGCGCCCUCCCCUUCCGGUUGUCACCGGCUCUCUCCGCCUCCUCGAAAGACCUGCCUUCGCUCUCGGCUUCGGCCUCGCUCGAGAGUGUCACGCCGUUUGCGGGGCUGCCCUUGGAGGAAGGGACGUUGUCUGCGUCUGUGGGCCUUGCGUCGAGCGAUGACGAGCAUGACACUUCCCUGCUCUUCAAGACCGAGGCAGCAAAGAAACGCAGCCUUUUCUCCACCGCUGCAGACGGGGACGAGUCCAGGACCUACAACGACGGUCUCGGCCAGCCAAUGGAAGAAGAAAUCAGGAGCUGUGUGAGCACGAGCUGUGGAGAGGCGGUGGCGACGACGACUCUCUCUGCCAUUGGCCCGGGGACAGGAGCCUCAGGCGCGCUUCUCGACUCAGAGUCGAGAGAGAGCUUGGGCGAGAAGCCUGGAGCCGCCCUUCGCGCAGGUGCCCACACUCCUGCACCGAGUCGCGCGCCAACGCCGAGCAGAACGUUUUCCUUCACGAGCUCUUCCACUGCGACGUCUGCAGCGCUUCUCUGCGACUCCAACGUGGUGCAUGAAAAACUCAGAGCUCAGGGAAAAGACUCAGAGGCCGGGGAAAGGAAGGGCGACAGCGAGAAAGAGGAGGAAGUCGAGAUGUGGAAGGAAGAGGACGAAGAAGUCCAGAGGUGCACAGGAAGUGCAGAAACGGACAGCACAGAAGCGACGCGAGGCGAGGAGGCAUGGCGACGAGGCAAACAGAGCGAAAAGAAGCCAAGUGUCAUCACCACGGCGCUCAACUUGUUGGAAACCCACCGGCAUUUGGCCCUGACCAUCUCGCAGCUGAAGAGGCCCGUGGCACAGCAGCUCCGCUUCAUUUUGCCCAUUGCUGCUCCUCAGCUGCUUCCCUGUAUCUUGCCGCCUGCUUCGUUUCAAGGCCCUGGAGAGAGUGGUGACGGAAAGGCGGAGGCGGAGGCCAAGGGAAGCUCUUCUUUGGGGCAGGUCCUGGAAACCGCGCUGGGCCAUGGGACGAGACUCGCGCCCUCAGCUUCAGCGAUGGUGCCUCCAAGGAAAGACGAGGCCGCGAGUGCUGUGCCGGAAGCCAAGACCUUCACGGGGCUCGCAAACGCUGGCGUAAUGCGGGAGGCUGCGUCGCGGACUCUGGAGGCCGAGCAAGUGAGCAGAAAAAGAUCGAGGGAAGAGGUCGUCGACAGCGAAACAGCAGGCGACGAAGGAGACAUGGAAAACGUCCCUGAGACGCUAGACGCGACAACGAGUCCAGGGAGUCGCCAAUACGACAAGAGCCCAAGCAACGGCGGCACCAAACCCCCUGCGACUGCGAAGAGUCGCGUGAUCCGCGAUCAGGCAGCCCUCGAGCGCCUUCUUCUCGCUCCUUUCCAGGACACACCGACCUGUUCGUGCACAGAUCGACCCUGUCCCUGCGACCGCCAACAGGUGGCGGAUAUGAUUUACCUUUUCUACGCGGUCCCGGCGCGCCAGCAGGCCGAAAGCAGCAAAGAGGGCAGCACACAGCGCCUGCAGUUCGCUGCUCGAGACACGAAUGAGAGGAAAGACGCGAGAACAGGGGAGGAAACACAGGGAGGAGAAACCGAGGCAAAGGAGGUCAUCCGAGACCCAGAAGAGCGGGGUGUAUGCGAGGGGUCCUCCUCUCAGAACGCUCACACACAGUUCGACGCAGAGACUGCGAGUUCCAGCAUGUCCUCAGAUCCGAGAGCUGACAAGGAAUCGAACGCACAAGAUGCACACAUGGCCGACAAGACGUCUUUUGUUUCCGACCUUCCCCAGCCCUCGGGAGAAUUCGCGCCGUCGCUGCUCUCUGAGACGUCGCUCGACGUGGCGAUGGCGGAUUCGAGGGGGACGACUUCCGAGAUUCAUGGCUUCUUCACGCGAUCGGAUGAGCAGAAACGAGCCUCGUUUUCAUCUUCUUCUCUUUUGGCUGCGGGACAUGCAGUGGCCUCGUUCUCGUCUUCGCUAGCCGGCGUCGUCUCCGGCGCUGGAGAGCGAAGGGAAUGCGCAGGCCCGAGCUUGGGGGACUUGUCGACCAUUGGGCUCUUGAGUCUGUCCUACCCAGCGAUGCUCGCUUUCAUUCUCCCUCUCCAGUCCCUCCUGCACAUGGUUUCCGGAAUGAUUUUGACUCUCCACAAGAAGCUAAUUCACCGCUUCAUUUGUGCGCAUCUUCGCCUCGUCCUGGAUGACGACAUGCGGCGCCCUGCAGGCGGCGCGUUGAAGAGCCGUGGAGCGCACGGCGAUACCGAAGCCGCAGAAGCACAGGUGGAGAGGAGGAGGAGAGAACAUGAGAGAGAAGAGACCACGAAUCUCGCCAUCGGGUACAGAGAAGGCAACGCGGAAGCAUCGAACACAUUCCCGCUCGUGGACACAGUCUCCUCCCUUCUGUCCCCUGGCAGCUUGCGUCAAGAGAACUCGGAAGUCGAGAGAAGAGACAACGACGAGGAACGGUUGGAGCUGAUCACGGGCAUCGCACGCGAAUCCCCAAAGCCCUCUGAAAAAGACAGUGUUUCCCCCUUCCUCUCGACAGCACCGUGCCCAGGAACAGAAGCCGAAUCAAGCGACUGCUCGGCCUCGUCAGCAUGCAGCGGCACCCCGACAGAGGGGACGGAAGGAGGCGAGACAGGAGAUAUCGCGUCUUUUCUCUCUCCUUCUGGCGACGUCAAGCAGACCAUCAUGCUCGCCUGAGGGCAGCAGGAACGCAUUUCCUUUUCAAAAUAUCGUGUACCUAGCCUGCUCUCUACUUCGCAAGGCUGCCAUGGAAGCGUUCUGCAGGGAAGGGCGGCAAAGGGAUAGGCAGAGACGCCCCAGAGGACUGGAGGAGGAUAAAGUACACACAGCGACAUACACUAGAUAGAGUUGGAAGAUGAAGGAGCGCCAGUGUCAGAGAGGUUACAGGAGAGUUCGCGGCAUUCGGUUUGAACAGCCGUUGUGGCUCUGUCGAGCUACGGCCCAUGCAGAGACUUCAGUCCCCUCGAGUUUUUGGUGCGAAGACUGGGAAGUUCGCACGCCUGCUUCCAUAUUUGCUGUGCCACUCUCGGCCUCGUGUAAGCACAAAUUGUUCGCGGGGGUUUCUGCUGCCUGUAUACUUUAAGGUGAGGUCGACUGUCGACCGAUUGUCGCGCGGCCGGAAGAAAGUAUUUGAACUUUGUUUCUUCUUCCUGGGUCCGCAUUUCUCCUUUUUCCGCAAGAGAGUGAUAGGUCUGUCUUCCGCCUCCACCUGUGUCUCGACAGGACGAGCCUGCGCGAGAAAGGAACUCCGUUUUUUUGCUGAACACUCAUGAGCAGCAGCCGAUUGCUUUCGUUUUUUGUUGCCUCGCCACGGUGGGAGGAAAGCAUCUGUUGACGGCGUGAAAAGAGUUUGUGGUCGCGCCUGUCCAGAGGCGCUCAAGGUGUCCGACGACCGCGGGCGUCCCUCCUCUACCUUCUAAACAAAGAGACGGUGAAGCACAUGUUUGUGAAGAGUCACCCGAAACCGAAACUCGUUCAAGGCCCGCCUCGCGGCCUGCAUCGUUCCUUGUUUUUCGGUGUCCUCCGCAGUCGAGCAAACACGCGGCGCAGCCUUCGACAGAAGGGCGGCAUCGUCUGUUCAACUCCCUUCAGUCUGGUGCGUGUGCCAUCACGACGGUUAUUUAUCCCGCUUCGCGAGGCGUUUCUCACGAAGGCGAUUGACGUUGCGGAUCCACUUGAAACCCGCAUUCACAGGUAUCUCGUUGUUUACCUGUAUACAUUUAUCUCCAUACAUGAACAUAUGUAUUUUGUCGUACAAAUAUAUACAUAUAUAUUUAUGUAUCUGUUAGCUCGUUCUCGGGAUCAACCGUGGGGUGCGGCCAUCUGUAUGUACAUGAAAUGUCUCUCCAGCGCCUCAAAUGCGUUGUAAGCGAACGGGUCGCCGUCGACACAAAUUUGAACGCGUUUCGCUGCGUCCGACAACUUUCACUUUCUGAAAGCAACGUGCGAAGAAACUGAGCAAGCCCUGCUACAGAACUCUGCGUCUUGCCUCAGCAACAGUCGCCUCUGGAAUUGCCUGCGAGACCCCCGCAGACGUUCACAGAGACUCCAGAGCUUUCCACGCGAACUCUUACCGUUGACACCAUCGCAGCUGCACUGAUUCACGC